AUGCCCACAUUUCAUGAUGUGAUGAUUGCCUACAAGGCGACACGGCCCUACGUCCAUGAGACCCCUGUUCUUACGAGCAACGCAAUGCAGAAAAGGUCCGGGCACGAGGAGAUUGUGCUGAAGUGCGAGAAUCUUCAGCGUACGGGAAGCUACAAUCUUCGUGGUGGAAUGAACUUUGUGAUUCGCACUAAACAAAUGGAUCUUGACGUCAAUCAUUUUGUGACACAGAGCACUGGCAACCUCGGGCUUGCAGUCGCUCUUGCCGCUAACUCAUUUUCUGCCACGGGACACAUUGUGAUCCCUGAACAAACCAAUGACGUCGUCGUGCGGUCCAUUGCGCACUACGGUGGGGAGGUCUACCGCUGUGGCUGCUCACGAGAUGAGCAGAUGAAACUCACGCAAAGGCUUGUAAGUGAAAACAACAAAACCAGCAAAGCGAACGGGGUAAACGCCUGUGUCUUUGUUCAUCCACAAGAUGACUGGCUUCUCGCGGGCUACGGAACGCUGGGGGUGGAGUUGAUGCUGCAAACCGAUGGCCGCCUCGAUGCUGUAGUAGUGCCGGCGAAUGACGGAGCACUCUUGGCGGGUGUCGCCCUCGCUGUGAAGGGCAUGAAACCGAACAUUGCCGUCUUUGCAGCAGAGUGUGAUGCAGGAUAUUCCACUUGUGACUUCGAUAACGGCCCGGUUGUUGCCGUCAACAAGGGGAGGAAAAGUGGCGACACGGGCAAGGACGCAAAUGAAGACGUUUAUACUGUUGACAUGGCGCGCCAGCUCCACACGCCGUUAAACGCUACGGUUGCCAAAUGCGUCAAUAAACACGUGAGUGGUGUGAUCAAAGUGACGGCGAUGCAAAAGCGGGACGCCUUUCGCUUUGUCUAUGAACGCUGCAAGCUGGUAAUUGACGAUAAUGCCGCAACAGCCGUGGCUGCCGUGUUGACGCGUACGGUGAGCUUGUUGCAGUACAGCCACAUUGGCAUUGUGUUGGCAGGCGGUAAUGUUGAUUUGGAUGAAAUUCCGCGGCUGGCGCGGCUUUGA